AUGAGUUUCGCCAACCACGCAUUUGCUGAAUCGUUAUCCAUGUUUUCGGAUGUGUUGAAUGGAUCCAGAAAUUGGACGAAUGGCAGCGAUGCAGCGGUUCCUCGACCUCAGCCUGUCGGAAAUCAAAUGUUAGUCAGGGAACCGUUAGUUUCAACGGUUUUUAAAGUUCUAGCCUUGCCAGUCGUCAUAAUCCUGUCCCUAGUAGGAAAUUUUCUCACAAUUUGCUCAGUUUCUCAAAAUAUAAACAGACGAAUGCGAACUUCAAGCAACUUCUUUAUUGUUAAUCUCAGUGUGGCAGAUCUGCUUGUGACCGUAUGCAACAUUCCACGAAUAAUAUCCAUAUUGCUGGUGGGUUACGAGUGGUUAAUCAGAGGAAACUUUGGUGUUUUCUUAUGUAAAGUUACCAGCUCUGUGCCUUUUGUGGCUUUGCUCGUUUCUUCUUUGAGUUUUACCUUUAUCGCUUUGGAUAGAUUCCUGGCAGUAUUUUUUCCGCUCCGACGCCCCAUAACCAAAAAAAUUAUGGCUGGAAUUAUCGCUUUCACAUGGAUUUUCCCAUGUUGUUGUUACUCUCUGCUAUUUCAUUACGCGACCCUAGUAGAUAUAAAUGGAAAGACAUACUGUGCUAACCGUAUUGUUAGAGAUCUUCUGAAAUCACAGGAAAAUUACCGUACGUACUUGAUCUGCGAUUUAAUCCUCAUGACUGGAAUACCGAUUGCUACGACCACAGUAUUGUACACGGCAAUUGGGGUGAAAAUGUGCAAUCGGGCUGCCCCGGGGAAUCAAACCGCUGACAGUGUCGCCCGGAAUCGUAGAGUUAAUUAUAAAGUGAUAUCGAUGCUUGUUGCAGUGCUCAUAGCAUUCUGCAUUUGUUGGAUGCCAACUUGGGUUGCCUUGGCCUGUUUGAGUACGCCACCACCGAGAAUUUGCUACAAUGAUGACUUCGCUUACAUCAGAUAUUUCUUGUCGUACUCCAACAGCGCAGUGACACCAUACAUCUACCCCGUUUUCAAUCAAAAUUUUCGACAAGAAUACCUGCACAUUUUAAGGCAGAUUGCAUCCGGCUGUUGUUUUCGAAAGAUAUUUCAACGCUUCGAAAGUAAUCAGGUGCACCCGUCCGAAGAAAGAACGACAGCUACUCCUGCUUCUAGAAUUGGCAGAACGCAUUUUAACACCACUGAGCUUUGA